UAUGGGCCGCCACAGCCGUGAACAUUGCACAAUAUUUUCUGUGUUCGCACGCAGUGCACGUGUCGCUUGUUGCGAUUGUACGUUUUACUAGUCCACUAAAGUUCAUCAACAAAACUUAGGUUUUGACGCGCUAAAAAAGCUUUCGCUCAUUAUCCUCUUCAUUUGUUGUGAGGAUAGCGCAUUCUAUUUACAUUACUGGAGGCGUUACAAUAUUUGUUCGUAACGAGGCCUACAGUCGGUACCUGUAGUUGGUUGGGAGCCUAAAGAGUUAAAAUUUCAUUAGGAGCUCAAGAAGAGUUCAAAGAAUUCUAUUCAAAAUGGUUGCUCAAAAGAUCACCUGUCCGAGUCGGAGCGACGAUAUCGGAAAUCAGUACGAAUCGAACACCAAAAGACAUGGUUUUUUCGCAAACGAGUCUCAAUACUCAAACUGUUUUGAAAGUGGUAGAACUAGAUCGUUUAAAGAACGGGAAGAAGGAUUACUCAAACGGUCUAAACGGAGUGAUUACCGACGGAUAUUCAAGCACGCCAGCACCGUCCUCGCCCGUGGCAACCACCAGCAGCUUUGCAGAGGUUUACUUGAAACCGGAGCCCCUGUUCGAGAGCGCAAUGUUUCACGAUACGGACUACGAGUUCUUCCAAGAUCUGGUUCCGUUGUCCUGCGUUCCCGCAAAGGAAGAAGUAGUACAGACCAUUGAUUCAUCUAAGAAAACUGAAGAAAGGGCACUUAAGAUCGACACACCAUACACACCAUUCUCACCGCAAGGUUGGGAAACACUAGACGUUAACUCCCAGUUUCCACAGCCGGCAGGCUUGUACAACCACAUCUCACCGCAUGAGCCGCUGUCGCCGAACGAGAAGUUCCCGCAGUACGACAUCAACAUGCCCACUUUCCCUGAAUGGGAUAAAGAUAACAAUACGCAAUUUAAGGAAACUUUCUUAGAUAUUAGCAGACUGCCAGUGGUUAUUGGAGACUUAGCGUCAGAGAUGGUCGCGAACACUAAUCCGUGGCAAGCCCAGGAUGCAGUAGAGUUGACCAACACACACGACACCCAAUACUAUCAUAUGUACACUAAUCCAACACAAAACACAGCGCCCUUCAUCGAUGCAGAAGACUCCCUUGAUUUAAAAUUCGGAUCCGUCAUCCCCCGGGAGGUCGAAAGCAACAACGUAGUUAUUUCGGAGUUCAUUAUCAACGAAGAGCAAGAUCUAUUGGGGGUAAUGAAACCGCCGGCCGUGCCCAAGCGGGUCGAGGGGCUGUCCGUGGACGUGUCGGCGCGGGCGCCCGCCUGGCCGUACGACACCAUCAGCACUCCCGAAGUGCUCAGCUACGUCGAGCAAUUAGAAAAAGAGAAAUGCUCACAGCCCUUGAAACCACCAGAGCAUUGGCCAGCGCAGAACGUCUCACUCCCCACCUCAAAGGAGAUGUUCACAGACAUUUCCCUAUCAACAACAAGGGAGACGUUUAGUGCAGUGACCACACCACCGGCUGUUGACUACGAGCCUAUUACCCCCAAAAGCGAAUCUCAUCUGGAAUCUGACAACGAUGACGUCAAAUCUACAGCAAGCAAGAGGCGACGGCAGGACAGUGAUGAAUCCGACGAGACUUACACGCCAUACUCCGAACAACCAUCAAGGAAAUAUAGAAAAAGGAAACCAAGUGUUCCCAUUAAAGAUAUGAUUCUGGCACUAGAAGGUCAACCUAAGGCGCGAAGAGGACGGCCUCCCAAACGGAGGGAGAGCACAGUGUCCUCGGUGUGUAGUGUAGAUGAUAACUCAUCAUCUAUUUCUACGCAGGAGUUUAAAUAUAGGGAAUUAAGAGAUAAGAAUAAUGAAGCAUCUAAGCGAUCUCGAAUGAACAGGAAACUCAAGGAGCUGCAAAUGGAACAUCUAGCUGAUGAAUUAGAAGAGAAAAACAAAAAACUAAGAGUCAGAGCUGAUAUUCUAGAGGAAAUGACAAAGAGGCUCAAAAAUGAAUUGAUGUCUGCUAUUCUGAAGAGCAAGUGAAGAUCACCAUCAUGGAUUUUUUGUGACCUCAGUCUUGAGCAACUUGAGUUUCAUGUCUCAUUGUUCGCAAAAUCUAUAUUCAUAGAUGUGCUUAAGUACAAAGUAAUUGUAAUUAUAGGCACAGAUUUAUUAGUUUUGUUUCUAUGAUUAUGGAUAUAAAGAUCUUGCCAUAUGUGCUUGAUGCUUUAUUACACAUUUAAAUAAGAGCGUGUAGUUUUAAAUUCUUCAGUUGAAUUAGUUGUAAUCUAUGGUCUAUAAACAAUUGAAUGUUAAAAAAAAUACAAAAAAAAAUACAUUUAUACUUAAAAUGAUAAUAAUUGUAAUUUAUUUACAAUUAAUAAUUAGUUAAAUGCAUGGUUUAAAGUUUAUUUUUUUCAUUAAAAUUUGUCUUGUAUGUUAUAAAUUGUAAUUGAAAUAAAUUGUUGUAAUAAA